AAAAUUUUUCGAGGUCACGUUGCGUAGUAUGCUGGGAAGGAUUCGUCGGUCGCACAGGUGUUGCAGGAAGGACGGAUUCUCACGAACACCAGCGACGGGCGUCGCUUCGGAAGUGCAUACGUGUAAGCAAAAAUUGUUUACUUCCUCGCAUCUGGCCGAUGCUGAGGGCGAGGAACGCACUAACACUGCGAUGGUUGGGAGUGUAAACAAGCCGGUAGCUAUAGCAACAGCUGAUUUUUAAUCGGGCGACGUUCGACGUCAGCUGUGUGCCGGUCACCAACACCAAUGAGAGCGCGGCGCUCACGAGCGAUGGGUGACCCAAGCUGGUGGUAGUGGUGCUAGAACCGGAGUGCUUGGAUGCGAGCUACUCGAGGGUAAACAUAAAUUUUUCAAUUCAUUUCAGUUUUGACCGUUCCCGAGUGCAUCCGUGCGAUAUAUCCGCGCGUCCUCCGUUAUAGUUGAGUCUAGAGGGAGAGAGAUUGGAAUAGGCGAUUUUGAAGGUGCGGCGGCCGCCACAGACGGCGAUCGAAGCAGGAGGAGGCACACAGGUCAGGGAAAGGGGAAUCAAUAUGUGAGACGAACAAGAACAAGCGCAGCGGAAGAAGAAACGGCUGCCGUUCACAGUGAGGCGGAGGCGGAGAAGAAGAUUUAAUGAGUUUCCGUUAAUGUUGUUAGAAUUGUUAAGUGUUACGCAUCGUUACGGUUAAGUUUGCUUCUUGUGUGCAGUUGUGCGAUUCUUUACGGAACUUAGUUGACAGAAGGAGGGGCAGGAAGUUAGCCCGGUUAGUUAGUUUUUUCUUUCGGGAAAGUGUUGAGUAAUCGAAACUUUGCAGGAGGUGUUGGCGACGCAGUUGCCUCUUGUACCAGCGAAAAAAAAAACGGGAGUAAGAGAGUGUGGUUUAUGAUUUGUACACUUGUGACACAGCGCAUCGUCGUGUGAGAAGAAAAGAGCGUUGAGUGAGCCUCAAAAAAAAGUUUCAAGAAGGAAGCACGCAAAUCAGGAGCAGUAGCAUAGCGUGUCCAGUGAAAAUCAGCAGAAACGAACCAGACACGGCAAACGCUGAGCUGGUGGGAACACAGGAAGAGAGGUGCCUUCGGCUCGGCCAUAUUUAGAUAAUUGAAAAGCGGAGCAACGCGACGAGCAGCCGAGAAAAAACAAAAAAGCGAAACGGAAAGAAGUACGCUCUGUCAAAGACCUAUUUUUCGUGUCAGAGUACGUGUUGUUUGUUGUCUUGUUCCCCAUCGGUGGUGGCUAACAACAACGACACAUCGGCGACGCCAUUUAGGGAAUUACUAAGCAGGCCGAGUUUCUGUGUGUUUUCACGGUGUGUCUGUAAUAACACAUCGCCUACUUCAGUUUGUGUGCAGUGCGAUACAGUUUCUCGUUUCUACAAUUGAUUGAAAUUGACAGUUGUGUGUUUUCGUUGUCACAUUGUUGUCUGUUGUACUCUUCGUUCCGUUCGUUUGUGUAAAUGUUUGGUGAUUCAGUGUGACGCAGUUUGGAAAGUUUGGACAAUCUCCGGACAGGACUACUACGAUUACGAUCGAGGAAAUUUUCCAGUGGAUCCCAGUAUGAAAACGAAUGUCUCCAGAGCGGCAUCCUUCGCACGACGAUGUUGAUAGUGGUGGCGGCGGAGGAGGAAGCGCAAUUAUCGGUGGCCACGUUACAGUAGAAACUUCGUCACCCGUCCCCAGCCCGGGACCAGAUUUGAAAGACCACCCCUCGUCGACGUCAUUUGCGACGUCCAUCGGCUCCAGCAUGGUGCUCUCGUCGAUCCCCCUGGAAGCCAAUCACCAGCUCAUCCUGCAGCAGCACCUGGCUCAGCAGCAUCACAUAAUUGCCACAUCUGGCAACACCAAUCAGAACAGCAACAACAACAACAGCAACAGUAGUGCAAUCAGCAGCGCCACCAACGGUGGCGUAGGCAACCAUAGCAUAAUAAUCAACAACAACACUAGCUUUAAGAACCACAACAGCAACAGUAACAAUAUCAUAAUUAGCGGUAGCGGAUUAGGCGGCGGAAACGGUAACAAUCAUACCUACACAAUAAAUCUGAGUAGCAGUGGUGGCGGUGGCGGUGGCAGCGUUGCCAGUCACAACGGUCACGCGAUGAUUCAGAGUUAUGCCACCCCUGCAGGCAGCGUGGCAGCAGGCGGCCACCAUGGUCAUCAUCAUCAUCAGCAGCACCAGCAAUUUUACUCUGCGCCAAACAACGUCGUUGUGAGUUCGGGUGCCGGUAGCCAUGGCAACGUUGCCGUGGCGACAGUGUCAUCGACGGCGGCGACGGUCGUGGCGCCACCCGCCACGUCGACGUCGUCGUCGUCGUCGACCUCGUCCGCAUCCAAAUUGGUCGUACUGCAGCAAGGACAUCUCGGCGAGAAUUAUAUAACCACAACGGAAAGCAUGAACGGCGUGGGCAACAUUGUCCUGCUCGCCACGGAACAAAUGGACAUGAGCAGUGCGGAGCACGACUUCAUCAACAACAACGUGGUCAUCACCACGAGCAGCGGCAGCAGUUCCAGUGUUGCCAGUCAUCUCAACAGCGGCAGCACCAAUCAUCAUCCUGCCCAUCAUAAUCACCAGCAGCAUCACCAUUCGCAGCAGCAGCAGCAGGCGACGCUGCAGCAACAUAUCCGCAACGGGACGGUGCUGACGGCCGUGCACGGUGCGGGCGGGACCAGCCAGGUCGUAAUCAACACCGACGAGGAACUGACUCCGCUGACUUGGCUGCACGAUAAGAACCUGUUGAAAGGCAUAAAUCUGUCCAAGGUCCCAGUGUCUUCGCCGGAUAGUCCCCGGCAGGCAGGUGGUGGUCACCUGUCACCCACCAGUGACUUCGUGGAGGACUCCAGCGUCUCGGAGGACAAUACGUCCUCCGCCAAUUCGUCCUCGGAUCAGAGUAUCGGUGUGUUCUGCACGGAAACAAUCCCGUCAAGUGCACGCCAUUUGACGGUUGGCACUGGUCCCACUCAUCACAGGUUCCAGCUUACCAACGGGGCCGGUGGACAACAAACCAUCACCACCAUCAACGGAAACACCAUCAUCGAGUAUCCGGUGAUUUCCUCAGACGACAAGGACCUUAAGUCUCCGUCAUCAACCGCUUCCUGUGCAUCGUCUACGUCGUCCACUUCUUCGUUGUACAACCAUUCGGCAACUUCGCCGAACCCAACGUCCGGCUCGGUGCAGAAUGGUUCAACCAGUGGUGCCAGCACGCCUCAUCAGCACUUCCACAAAAAGUACCUGCGAGAGGAGCACGUGAAGCAGCUGAAACAGGUCAGCAGCUCCUACGUGACCCCCGUUAAACAAUUGUCCAGUGCCGUCAAGUACGAGGAAGGUGAAAUUAUCGAAGAGCGUCCGUAUCCACCGGCAGCGCCGAUGAAGAACGGCUACCCGUCGCCGAACGUGAGCAGCGACGAAUACGGCAGUACCUACGGCAGCGGAGGAGGCAGUAUGAGACCUCCGUCGCCUCCGCUAUCGCCUCAGCACCACCUGGUGCAAGGGCAGUCCCUGAACGGCGGCGCAAUCCACGUGCUUCCACAGCACCCGCCAUCGUCGCCACAACCGCAGCAGCCAUCCUCCAAGCUGUCGCCGCCGAAAGCCAAGCAUCCGACCAACGUGCCAUACGAUCCACUGGUUCACAUCAGCAGCAAACCGCCGUUCAGUUUCAGCUCACUGAUCUUCAUGGCCAUCGAGAACGCCCAACAGAAGGCCUUACCGGUGAAGGAGAUCUACGCGUGGAUUGUGCAGCAUUUUCCGUACUUCAAGACGGCACCGACUGGGUGGAAGAACAGUGUUCGACAUAACCUUUCGCUGAACAAGUGCUUCCAGAAGGUGGAAAAGGCAGCGAACCUCGGCAAAGGCUCGCUGUGGAUGGUCGAACCGCAGUACCGGCCCAACCUGAUCCAGGCUCUGUCGCGAUCGCCGUUCCAUUCCGGGUCCGGAAUCGACAAGACCACCUACAAGGCCAUGCAGCAACAGGCUCAGCAGCAAGCGCAACAACAGCAACGCUCAACUGACAGCCCUACCAGCAGUGUUGGCAGCAGCUAUUCCAAGGACAACUUUCCGUACCUCGCUAGUCGUUUGGCACCGGUUGACGCACAAAACGGUGUCCACCUGUCGCACCACAUGAACGGCGGCCAGCAGCAGCACCCGUCGGAUCUGGACGGGGACGAUUUUAGCCGGUCGUCUACCCCGAUCGACUACGAUGGCGAUCUUCCUCACCAGCACCUGCAUCAUCACCACCUCCAGUCGUCGGCAUCGGGUGGGCUACCGUACCACGUGGCGUACCACCAUCCACCGCCGCCGUCGUCUUCCGGUCCGCUGGGACCACCUUCCGGUGGUUCGAAUGGAUUCCUCCCCGGUGCAGGAGGAGGAGGAGGCAGUGUGAUUCUGCCCAAUGGGCAGAGCGUCCUGGCUGGCGAUAUCAUCGGCCGAGACUGGAGCGCGGACACGAUCGAUGACGUGAACGCGGCCACCGCCAUGUUGGCACUGAAGCACGGACCAAAAAUUUUCACCGAGGGAUUCCAGAAUGGAACUCCUCCGGUAAUCACCACCUCUCCCAGCGAGGAUCACACCUACUCCGCCGGCGGUACAAUCCCGCCUUCGGGUCUGAGCGAACGCUCCAGUCAAAACAACAGCGACAACAACAGCAACGGAACGUCGUCCGAUGCCGCCUACGAGAGCAGCGAGGAAAGUCAUAACCUGGUGAUAGAGGACCAGGAGGAGCAGCGCCGCCUAGCGGGUGUGGACGCCCUGUUGAACCUCGCCGGCAUCACCAACUACGCUCCCAUGUCGGGAAGCACCGGCAACACUGGACUGAAGCGGCCUGCCGAGCCCACCGCUAACUACGACGAACCGGUUGCUGCGCUGUACGGCCAGCGUUCCCCGUACCAUCAGCCGGCAUCGCAUCACCAGCUGGAAGUCACGCCCCCCUCCGGAUACGGUGGCGGCCAGCAUCAGGCCACGAUCCGCAGCUACAGCUACGGGCUGGCGGACGAUCUAAGCCUGCAGUACUCGCCGUCGCCAUCGCCGUCGAAAAAGAGCAAAAGCUCGUCUUCCUCGUCUUCGGCUGCGACCGCUUCCGCCUCGGUGCGGAUGCUCAAAAAGUUCAAGAAGAAGGCCUCCUGGGUACGGUAAUAUCGUGCCGAAACGGACCAGCAGCAGCAGCAGCAGCAGUAAGAGAGCCCUAGUUGAAUUCCGCCUCAGAGGGAAACUGUGUACAUCCGGUACAUUCGUGGAUACCGUUUCUUCGUUGGUUAAGUGCUAAAAUCAAAGCUCUAGUUAAAUAUGCUUUAUAUUUAUAGUCAAUUUUUCUUUGUAUAAGUGUUGUUUUUAAGCCAGACAGACUGUGCAAGCAAAGCAAAAACUUUUUAUAUGGAUGUUUAAGUGAAGAAAGUGCUACUUCCAACACUUCUCUGUGGGGAAAUCGUGCAGCAUUUGAUGGACGCAGGAGAUUGUCGCACGAUGCUCGGGUUUCCUGGGAUGACGUUUGACGUUUAUUGCGAUUGACGUUUCGUCUGUCAAGUUUGACAGUUUGAAGAAUGAUUUUCUAUCUAGCAUGCGUCCUUUGACGGUCUAUCGAUAACUUUGAUAAUCAGCUUUAUCGAUUACCUGUUACAAGUAAGACAUCAGGCUUUAUAUCGUUAUGUUUAUGAUAGUUGCGAGAACGAAACUUUACUCACACUAUCAUGCCUAGUUUAACCUUCAUCCGUAGAGUGUGCUGUCGCUUGAUUCGCAGCAGUGCUGCUAGUCUACUUGAUAAAGUGUUGUUCGAAUAUCAAACGUCAAUUGAUUGUCAAAAAAACGUCAAAGCGAACUGUUCUGUCAAAGCGAGUGUUAGUUUGACACCGUCUUUAGCGACCCGACUAAUACAAAAUCCGCUGCGCACUUAAAUUUUGGCGUCGUCUCUCGCAAACGCACGCCCAAAAAUCCAAUUGCAUUUGAUUGUUUAUUUUUUUUCUGUUGAAAAAGUUAUUAUUUAUUUAGAUGGGUCGGAAGUGGGAGCAGCAGUACUAAAACAAAAAAGAGAAAAGUCUAAACACAUUUAGAGGGCAAAACAAAAAAAAAACGAACAGUAGAAGAGAUAGUUUAGGGAGCGUGGCGAUCGGACCCGUCCCUGUGCUGUCAGUAAGUAGUUGUUAGUGAGACACGUUACUCGGAAGCAGGGGGGAGCAGGAGGAAUGAACUUAGUCACUCGCGCCUUUCAUUUUUACCUAGAAUUUAGGGAGAUAAUUUUUCUAUAAACUAUAUAAACAAGCAAACUAGCAAUCGAGCGAGGAAGAGUGGGAGAGAAGCUGUGCGCGAGAGAGAGAGAGAGGGUGAAAGUGGAAAUGCAAACGAGGUUACUGAUAAGAAUCAUUACAAUCACAAACACCUACACACAUACGCAACCAUAUGGAAACACAAAUAGCAAUGUAAACAAAUCCGCAAGCAAAGAAAGCGUGCAUGGCGUCUAUCGUGGAUGACAGACGUCAAGCUGCUGCCGGGAAGCGCUUCAAGCACCAAUCAAAGAUGGCCACGGCACGGCCGGCGACUGGGAGAGCCUUUAGAAGCAAUGCAUCAUCGUAGUAGCCGUCGAAGGUUUCCGUUUUGUUUUUUCGCCACUUGUCAAGCUUUGUUUUUGUUUUGCUUUUAGAAACGGUGCCAAUGCAGUUGAAAAAAGUGUGUAAUAAGCUGGAAGCUAGGGAGAUCUGUUUCUAUUUUUCCGCGGUAAUCCGUUGUGUUGAUAAGCAUACCUAGGAGAGUAAGUUUCAUUGCAGUUGUAGCGUUUAGCUCUGAUGAAUGAUGAUUUCAAAUUGUGGUUAAGUUUGUACGAGGUAAACACGUUGUUGAAUCAGUACUAAGGUGUCGAUUAAGCCGCCGCUCCAGAGCGGCACCCUUAUUGGAAGGUUAUAAAUAUGAAAAUGUAUCAUUUAUUGAGUUGA